AUGAGCCCUGGCUAUAUUGUCCAGUGCAGAUACGACAAAUAUGGCCUUGGCCAGCGACACAACAACUUUGCUAGUCAUGAAGCCUGUAGUGCAAUGUGCGAGGCCAAUCAGCGUGACGUCUGUUUCUACAACGCGGCCAUCAAGGUUCAGGAGGAGGAAGAUCCCUUUGUGGACGAAGAGGACCUUUUCGCGCAAACAUGUGAAGAAGAGAGGGAUGGCCUCGAAACUCAAACCAACGAUCUAAGGGAGAACUUGGACAGAUGUCAUGCCGACCUUGAAGCGGCAUCAAACAGCGGAGAUUCAACAGUCACUCCUCCUCUCAGCCCGCCCACUUGUGGAGUGGUCAACUGGAGUGUUGGCUACUGCGAUGCGAAGCACGGCAUAAACAUCGAAAACUGCAGGAAAACGUGUGCCGCCGACAGCAGAUGUGUCUCGUACAGCGCCAACGAGGAAACCACUGGUGCUAUCAACUGCCACCUUUACGACAAGGAGACUGCCGACAUCCCUGACAAGACACACACAAACUUUGUCCGGUAUUAUAUGCGUUGCCGUUGA